GACCCCUUGGCUCAAGGGCCUCCCAUUUUGCCCGCCCCUCGCCUCUGCCGGUCAGCUCGCGGCUUCCCCUGCUUUCGCAGAAGCAUGGCGCUGCCGCUCCUGGUCCUCCUCGCCUGCACCGCCCGCGCCGUCCUUGGACGCCUCGGCUCUGGUGCCAACCUGACGCAGGCCAACCUUUGCGGCAAGCAGGGCGAGGUGUGCACAGGCGGCACGGGGUGCAAGUGCGACGACCACGGCAAUUGCGCUGCGGCUCGAGCGGGUACCUGUGCAACUACGGCCAGGAGAGCAGCUGCGACGCCCACGGCUCGUGCAGCUGUGUGA